AUGUUGAGAGCAGGCAAACCGCUACCAAGCGUGGUUAUUCGUCGUCAUCUUUCCCAAACAUUGAGGGCGAGCCAGGGGAAUCCCCGGUCACCUUUGCAGAUUUUCCGCGAGACUUUCAAGCAAGAGUGGAAGAAAUCUCAAGAGCUUCAGGACAACAUUAAGGCUUUGCAGGACGCUUCAGGUAAAUUAGGAGAGUCUGAAGCCUACAAGAAGGCCAGAGAGGCGUAUUUGGGUGCUCAAAAGGGCUCCACAAUUGUGGGGAAAGCGUUCAAGAAGACUGGUGACACAGUCGAAAAAGUGGCAUCCAAGGCUUGGGACUCUGAGAUAGGGAAAAGCACAAGAUCAGCGGUCAACAAAACGGCAGCGAAACUGGACGAGUCUUUCGAGCCCGUAAGGAAAACGCAGGUUUACAAAGACGUGUCUGAGGUCAUGGACAGUGGUAAUAGCUCGCGUUACGGAGGGUUCAUUUCAAAAGAGCAAAGAAGACUCAAACUAGAACAAGAUAUAGCAUCGGGGAAAAGACCCAAGGCCGUCAGAAGCAACGACGAAGCAGGCACUGCAUUGGUGGCUACCGAAAUCGAAGCCAAGGAAUCUUUCGGCAAAAAAGUCGAAGAUUUCAAAGAAAAAACUGUUGUGGGCAGAAAGAUGCAGGAGGCAAAAAACAAGCUUUGGGAUGACAGCGAAAACCCUCUGAUAGUGCUUUUGCGUACCAUCAGCGGUAAAGUCGCAGGUCUGUUUGCCGAAACAGAGUCUGCACGCGUCAUGGGUCAAUUCAAACUGAUGGAUGCCAAUUUCAACAGUGAAACCUUCAUGAGCCAUCUCAGAGAAUACGUCAUACCUGAGGUCCUCGAAGCGUACGUUAAAGGAGAUGAAAAGGUUCUCAAGCAAUGGUUUAGCGAGGCACCUUUCAACGUAUACGCCGCGCAGCAGAAAGUUUUCAGGGAACAAGGCCUCUUCGCAGAUGGGCGUAUCCUAGACGUCAGAGGCGUGGACAUAGUAAGUGCCAAACUUUUGGCGCCACAGGAUCUACCUGUUUUGGUUGUGGGUUGCAGAGCGCAGGAAAUUCACUUGUACCGGAAAGCCAAGACCGGUGAAGUGGCCGCAGGUACUCAAUCCAAUAUUCUAAUGAGCUCUUACGCCAUGGUUUUCACCAGAGAUCCUGAAAACAUCGAAGACAAGGAAACGGAGGGCUGGAAAAUUCUGGAGUUCGUCCGCGGUGGUUCCAGGCAGUUCACAUGA